AUGCCUCAAGCCGACCCCGAAACCCGAGAAAAAUUCUUCCGGCAGGCGUCGGAAGACGACGGUGCCACGAAAAACAUCGGCUCCGUCGUUGAUUUCCCGACGGAAUCGUUCUGGCUGUCGAAGGACGCGGAGCACGACUGGUUCGACCGCAACGCCGUGUACGAGCGUAAGGAAUCGACGAGAGGAAAUUCGAAUCUGAACGGCUCUAGCUCCCAGCGGUCGUCGGCCAAAUCCAAGGCGUCCCUCAUCGGACUGCCUCGAGCUCAUAGGACGGCCUUCACCGAUUCGAAUCGGAGGGCCUGCAAGGCGGCGAAGGCGAGGCUUUUCCCGUCCAAGGGAAAGAAAUCGGCGGUUCCGGAGGCUGAACCGGCUUCCCCGAAGGUCUCAUGUAUGGGAAGAGUCCGGUCGAAGCGCGGCCGCCGCCGCGACCUUUCGGAUUCGCCGCGGGCGGAGAAAUCUGGAACCGGCGGCGGAGAGGAGCGGAGAUCUGGUUUCUGCGAGAAGGUGAUGGGUUUUUUCAGGUUUAAGAAGGGGCGCGGAGAGCCGUAUCGUUCGGGGAGCGAGAAGGAGGCGGAGGGACCGGAGGAGGCGGCGGAGCCGCCCCGGAGGAGCGUGGUUUUGAAAGCCGGAGGCGAGCCGCCGGCUUUGGGAGGCAUGGUCCGGUUCUCGUCGGGCCGGAGAUCCGGUAACUGGGCCGCCGAGGAGAUUAUUCAGGCGAUGUAG